CGGCCUGCCCCGUGCCAUGGACGCACGGCCCGCACGGCCGACCAUGAGCGCAGGCGCCAGCAGAAGAGUCCUCGUCUCACUAACCAGCGCCAGCAGCGCUCCGACUGCGGCGUCCUCGCAGCAUGGCCGCGCCCGACGUCGCCGGCCCCGCCGGCACGGAGGAGCCCUCCACGGCCACGGCCAUGGCCACGGCCAGGGCGGCCGGUGACAAGGCCUUCCUGGAGCAGCUGUACCGCGAGCUGGAGUCGCCCUUCGUGUGGGGGCUGCUGCCGGGGCAGCGCGCCGACUCGAGUCGCUGGGACAGCCACAUCCGGCGCCUCCUGGACGUCCUCCACGUGGCGGACAGCCCCUGGACCAAGGUCGUGCUGCACCUCAACCUCAGCUGGCUGUUCUUCAAGCGCGGCGACUCCCGGACGUCGCGCGCGCACCUCGUGGACGUGGACGUGGUGCUGGGCACGCUGCCGUGGUGCGAGCGCGAGGCCGGCCUGCUGCGGCGCGGCGAGGAGGCGGCGAGGCACGCGCUGGGCGCGGCCUGGGCCCACCUCGUGCACGUCAGCACCCCGCUGGCCGUCAUGCAGGCCGAGCUGCAGGACAUCGCGCCCGUGCGCAAGCUGGCGCCCGAGCAGCGCGCCGCCCUGUACGGCCUCCAGGCGUCGUGCCUCUACUUCCUGUGCAUCCAGGGCGAGAAGAUGGGCAAGAAGAUGGUGUCCGCGGCGCGCAAGGCGUCCUCGCUGCAGCCCGGCGAGGCCGAGUGGCUGCUGCUGAUGGGCAAGCGGCCCGACGCCGCCGCCUCCCUGGAGGGCGACGCCAUGACGCCGCACUCCGCCGUCUACACCGCCACGCGCCACGUCUACUGCGGGGAGGUGCUCGCCGCGCGCGUGCUGCUCAGGAGGGCGCUGGACCUGUGGCCCGGCAACGCGUUCGUGCAGCUCAACGUGGCCUACUUGUACACCUGGCUGCCCGAGCCGCAGCACCAGCAGCAGCUCGCCAUCGCGGACCGCUGCUCCAUCCAGGCGCUGCGCCUCGCCCCCAACUGCGUCCUGGUGCACGCCGUGCGCCGCCUCGUGCGCCCCGAGCACAACUCGCCCUACCUCGCCCGCUCCUCCAAGAUCUACGGCAUGAACGGCGACGAGAUGGUGGCCAAGCUGCGCGGGUCCUGCUUCGUCCUGGAGGGCAUCAUGUGCGGCUUCAUCAGCGGCCACAAGGAGAAGAAGGUGUGACACUGCAAAAGGCGCACCGAGACCAAUACGAGUAUUCUUCGUGAUAUUACCAAUGCUAUUCAAACAAGAGUUUUUGUACUUUAUACUUUAGUGACUACUAAUACAAAUUUUGCAUAAUAUAUA